GGGGACUGGGACACAGCCUGCAAACCUGGGCAUGCUCUGCUUUGGCUAAACGUUUGUUGUUAAUCUUAAAGGCUUUGGGAGAAACAAGACAGAUAUGUUGCCAUGGUGGAUGUUUUAUCCAGUUUUUUUUUCAGGUGAAGGUGUUUUGCUUUUUGUCAUCAGUGCAACAAGAGGGCAUGCAAGGAUUUAUUCUAUCUAGAAAACACCUGUCUAAGUUGAAGUUGUAGCCCUUCUGUGAUAACCGAGAGAAGAGCAAGAGGCAUGGGAGACAAUAUACCUGGAGGAAUAGUAGCUGCUGCAAAGAACCGUCUGCAGGUGGUGAAGGGCUUGGAGGAUGUUGAGAUAUCUGAGUGUGAGAGCUGCUCCUUCGAGGUUACCCUCAACCUGGCCUUUAUUGAGGGUGUGUGGACCAGAGAUGGGAUGCAGCUCAAGUCCAAGCCCAACUGCCGCAUCAGCACACAUGGGAAGAAACACUCCCUCAUACUGAAUAGAGUGGCUUUGGGAGACGCAGGCCUCUUCUCUUUUCAAACCAAUGGCAUUCAGACCUCAGGCAGACUCACUGUCAGAGCUAAAGACAUCCACAUAGUGAAGGAGCUGGAGGAUGUUGACACAAUGGAGCGUCAACCUGUGAAUUUCCUGUGUGAGGUCAACCAAGUGGAUGUGGAAGGCCGGUGGUACAGAGAUGACUGCCGAAUUCGUCCUGGGGACAACGUCAAGAUCAGACACCAGGGUAAAACUCAUUCCCUGUUCUUCAAGUCUGUCAGGCCAGAGCAUGCUGGAGAGAUCAGAUUCACAGCAGAGCGAGUCUCAUCCUAUGCAACUCUCACAGUAAAAGAGCUCCCAGUUCAAAUAGUGCGUCCUCUGAGGGUCAAGAUAGCCAUGUAUCGACACCGGGGUCUGCUGGAGUGCCAGGUGUCACGGCCUAAUGCUCAGGUCAGGUGGUACAAAAACAGGAAAGAGCUCCUGCCCAGCAAGAAGUACCAACUAAUCAGCCAAGACAUCUACAGGCAGCUGACCAUCGAUGACAUCUGCUCUUCAGAUGAGGACACCUACACCUGUGAUGCAGGAGAUGACAAGACCUCUUGUCAGCUUCUGGUGGAGGAACAGGCUAUCAGCAUAGUACGGGGGAUGAGCUCAGUGGAGGUGAUGGAGCCAGAGCCAGCGCUAUUCCAAGUGGAGACCAGCCUGAAAUCAGGGAGGCCCCCCCGGUGGACCCUGAACGGUGAGGUACUGGAUCCCAGUGCAGCAGUGAACAUCGACAGGGAGGGCACCGUCCACAGCCUCUGUCUCACCUCCACAGAAAGCUCCAUGACUGGUCCCGUGCUCUUUGUAGCUGGCAAGAGUCGUUCCACUGCUCAGCUUACUGUCAAGGAGCGACCUCUUCAGGUUGCCCACCACUUGAACGAUGUAGAGGUGAAGGAGAACAGCUCUGUGACUCUGAGUUGUGAGUUUGCACCCUCUCCCAGGGUGGUGCGGUGGUUUAAAGGUCGCACAGCUCUGAAAACUUCAAACAAGUACAGCAUGAAGAGGGAAGGGAAACGGGCAGAGCUGACUGUUCAUGGCUUGACGGGGAUGGAUGCAGGACAGUACCGCUGCAUGGCUGGGGGUGCACAGAGCACAGCGCAUGUUAAGGUAGAAGUGCGAACACUGAAAUUGGUUAAACACCUUGAGCCGGUGGAAAUUGAGGAGGAUGGCAUUGCCACAUUCUCAUGUGAGCUCAACUAUGUGGUCGCCAAUGUGGAGUGGCUCCUCAACAAUGUUCGCUUCUAUUCCAAUGCCAUCAACAGGAUCCAGCACAUGGGCACUAUGCACAGCCUCACAAUCAAGAAGCUGCGCCCACAGGAGAGCAGGGUCACCUUCAAAGCAGGCCUUCUCUCUGAGAUAACCACCUUAAAGGUCAAAGAGCGCCCGGCAGUGUUCCUGAGGUCUCUGGAGGAUGCAGUAGGAGAAGAAAAAGGAGAAGUCUGCCUGCAGUGUGAAAUUUCCAAAGAGACAGUGACCCCUGUUUGGAGGAAGGAUGGUAUGGUCCUGACGGCUGAUGAUAAACACGAAUUGCUCCAGUUUGGGAAGUCCAUGGCAUUGAUCGUCCAUUCCCUGAGCAAGGACGACGCAGGAGAGUACACCUGCGACCUGGGCACCAGCCAAACCAAGGCUAAAGUUACUGUACAUGACCUACACAUCACUAUUGUUCAGCGAAUGAAGACAAUAUCUGUCCAGGAAGGUGAAAGCUGCACUUUUGAUUGUCACCUCUCUCAUGACCUCGAUGAUGAGCCUUCCUGGACCAUCAAUGGCCAAGUGGUGGUCACCAAUAGCCGUAUCCAGGUUGUCAACAAUGGCCACAAGUAUAAGAUGACCAUUAGAGAUGCUAUACUGACAGACGCUGGAGACGUGGUCUUCACAAUUAAAGACUUAAGCUGUAGGACCAUGCUCUUUGUUAAAGAGAAGCCAGUGCACAUCUUCAGGGAUCUGUUGAAUGUCAAGGCAGUGCCAGGUGAAGAUGCAGAGCUGAGCUGUGAGAUCACCAAACCAGAAGUCACCAUCCGUUGGCUGAAAAAUGGCCAUUUGAUUCGGCCGAGCCCUAAAUAUGAGAUGAGUGUGGAGAAGAACCUGGCGCGAUUGGUGAUCAAGAAUACCACCAUCAGAGACUCUGGAGAGUACUGCUGUGAGGCCGAAGGCGUUGCCUCGCGUGCCAAGCUGGAGAUCAGAGAACUCCAGCACACAUUUGCAAGGGAGUUAAGAGACAUGCGAGCAGAGGAAAAGGGUAAAGUGACCCUUGAGUGUGAGACCAAGCGGCCAGCCAAGCGGGUGACCUGGCUAAAGGGCAUGCUUGAGCUGAGGUCUGGUAGGAAGUAUGUGAUCAGGCAGAAGGGUGAGGUGCUGUCCCUGACCAUCACCUGUCUGGAGAAAUCGGACGCAGAUAUUUACGUGUGUGAUGUCGGUACCAUGCAGAGCCGGGCACAGUUGACUGUGCAGGGUCAGAAGGUGUCUAUCCUGGAUGAAUUAGAGGAUGUUGAGUGUCUGGAGGGCGACACAGUAACAUUCAGGUGUCGAAUUUUUCCCAGCGACUACAUGGGGGUCAAGUGGUAUCUGGAUGAGACUUUGCUGUACACCAAUAAGCUCAAUGAGAUCCAGAUGGUGCCUGGAGGCUACCACACCCUCACAUUUAGACAGCUUGCCCGCAAAGACACUGGCACUAUCUCGUUUUCAGCAGGGGACAAAAGAUCAUACGCCUCACUGUUGGUUAGAGAGAGGCGACCCACCAUCAUUAAAGCCCUGGAAGACUGUGAGGCUAUUGAAGGAGGUGGUUUGGUUUUGUCUUGUGAGACUUCCAAGCCAUGUCACAUCCUGUGGUACAAAGAUGGCUGCCUGAUGUGGAACUCCUCAAGGUAUUUUGCCAAUCGCUCCGGCUGUGAGGCGCGGCUGACGAUUCGGGAGGUCUGCAACAAUGAUGCCGGAGUGUACGAGUGCAGUGCUGGAUCUGUAACAACUCGGGCCGUUGUGACUGUUAAAGCCAUCCCAGCAGAGUUCACCCAGCCUCUAAAGACUGCGGAGGCCAAAGAGGGGGAGACCGUGACCCUGACCUGUGAAUACUCUCUGCCUGGGGUCCAGUUCCAUUGGAGGAAAGGUUUUGAGAGUAUCAGACCUGGAGACAAGUAUGUGAUGAAGCAGAGGAAGACAAUCAAUUCCCUAACCAUCAAAGCCCUGAAGCCUGAGGACUCAGGAGAAUAUACAUGUCAGUGCAGAGACCACCGCACGACAGCAAGCCUCAAUGUACAUGUUAUUCCCAUUACAUUCAUACAGCAGUUAAAGAACAUGCAAGUAGAGGAAGGAAGCAACGUCAUGUUGCGCUGUGAGCUGUCUAAACCUGGAAUUCCAGUAGAAUGGAGGAAGGGACAUGAGUUGUUGAAGAAUGGGGUUAAGUACCAGAUUAGGAAAAGGGAGACCACCCUGGAGCUUCUGAUAUGGAAGCCUGUGCCUGAGGACAGUGGGCUCUACAGCUGUGUGUGUGCUGAUCAGAGGACAUCAGCCACUGUCAAAAUUACUGCUCUCCCAGUCACCUUCAAGCAGAAGCUGAGGAACGUGCUGAUUGAGGAGGGCAACACUGCGACUUUACGCUGUGAGCUGUCAAAACCCGGUCACAGUGUGGAGUGGAGGAAGAGGGGGAAUGAACUCAUCAGGAAUGGAGAGAAAUAUCAUAUGCGGCAGAAAGACAUGCUGAUUGAACUGAGGAUCUCUGAUGUAACACCUGAGGACAGUGACAUCUACACAUGCAUCUGUGGAAACAUAGAGACCACUGCAACUCUGACUGUUAAUGCUCUUCCCAUCACCUUCAAGCAAAAGCUAAAAAACCUCCAAGUGGAGGAAGGACACAACAUCACACUGUAUUGUGAGAUCUCUAAACCUGGUGUCCCAGUGGAGUGGAGGCUUGGAGGAGAUCUGCUGGAGAACGGAGAGAAGUACCAGAUUAAGCAGAGGGAGUCGGCCUUGGAGUUGAUCAUCAGAGAUGCUGAUCCAGAGGACAGCGGGGUCUACACCUGUGUGUGUAGAGAGCAGAGGACUAAGGCUACUGUUAAAGUUAUUGCUGUUCCUGCCACAUUUAAAGUAAGCCUGAAGUGCCAAGAGGCUGAAGAAGGGAACAAUGUGACAUUGCGCUGUGAGCUGUCAAAGAAGGGAGUCACGGUGCAGUGGCAGAGAGAUACUCAGGUGCUGUCUGAGGAGAUUUUUCGAGGAAAGUAUCAGACGAAGCUAGAAGGAAAGACAGCUCAGAUGACCAUUUUCAACAUCCAACCAGAGGAUGCAGGGAAGUACAGCUGCAUCACAGGAGAUGAGAAAACCACAGCGGAAGUCAAAGUGAAACCACUGCCUGUGACAUUUAAACGAGAAAUCCAGUGCCUAGUGGUGAAGGAGGGGGACAGUGGAGUUUUCUGCUGUGAACUCUCCAAACCCGGAGCUCCAGUGGAGUGGAGGAAAGGAAGGGUGAUCCUUAAAUCUGGAGAUAAAUAUGAGAUGAAGCAGGAGGGACGUCUCACUAAGCUGGUCAUCAGCAACGUAGAGGAGAGUGAUGCUGGCAAAUAUAUCUGCAAGACUAAAGACAGCCAAUCAACUGCUGAGCUCACAGUCAAAGGUUUACCACCAAGUUUUAAGCUGCCACUAGUUAACCAGGAGGUGACAGAGGGCAACAGUGUUGUUCUCCGCUGUGAGCUCAACAAACCUGCCUCUGCAGUGGAGUGGAGGAGAGGAGGAGAGCUGCUGAGAAAUGGAGACAAAUACCAAAUGAGGAAGAAAGACCUGCAGGUAGAGAUGAAGAUUUCGGACCUCAGUCUGGAGGACACUGGAGAUUAUACCUGUAUAUGUGGAGAACAGAGGACAAAAGCUAUGAUCACUGUGAAUGAACGGCCAAUCAAGUUCCUUCAAGAACUGAAGAAUAUUCAGGUACAGGAGGGCAAUGGAGUGAAACUCUGCUGUGAGCUAUCCAAACCCGGCACUCCAGUGCAAUGGAAGAAGGGAGACAGUGUUUUAACCAAUGGAGAGAAGUACCAAAUGAAGCAGAGCGGCUCCACCGUGGAGCUCCUCAUCAGGAAAAGCCAGCCUGAGGACAGUGGCUCAUACAGCUGUGUUUGUGAUGACAUACAAUCUACUGCCACCAUCAUUAUCACUGCGAUCCCUGUAACUUUCAAGCAAAAGUUGAAGAACCAGGAAGCUGUGGAGGAGGGCAGUGUGACUCUGCGCUGUGAGCUCUCUAAACCAGCAGUCCCGGUAGAGUGGAGGAAAGAUGCCAAACUUCUGAAAGAGGGAGAAAAAUAUCAGAUGAAGCAAGAAGGAAGGAUGGCUGAGAUGCUGAUCAGAAAUUUAACUCUCACAGAUGCUGCCGAGUACAGCUGUUUUGUUGGCACUGUUGUGACUUCAGCUGACAUCAAAGUAAGAGCAAUUCCUGUAACAUUUAAACAAGAGGUGGAGAAUUUGGAGGUGAAGGAAGGGGACAGUGGAGUUUUCUCCUGUGAGCUCUCCAAACCUGGAGCCCCAGUGAACUGGAGGAAAGGCAGAGUCGUCCUCAAACCUGGAUACAAAUAUGAGAUGAAACAGGAGGGACGUCUCACUAAACUGAUCAUCAACAACGUAGAGGAGAGUGAUGCUGGGAAAUAUACCUGCAAGACCAGUGACAGUCAAUCAACUGCUGAGCUCACUGUCAAAGCUCCUCCCAUCACAUUCAAGACAAAGUUAAGGAACCAGCAGGUGGAGGAGGAGAACAGCGUGAUGUUGAGCUGCGAGCUAUCUAAGCCUGGCCUUGCUGUGGAGUGGAGGAAAGGACAAGAGUUGCUGAAGAAUAAUUUCAAGUACCAGAUUAAAAAUCGAAACAGCAUCAUGGAGUUGACCAUCAAAAACACGCAGCUGGAAGACAGCGGACUUUACAGCUGUAUCUAUGGUGACGUCAAGACCACAGCCAGCAUCACCAUUACACCUAUCCCCCUCACCUUUAAAAUGGGUCUGAAGAACCAAGAGGCCCCUGAAGGAGGCGUUGUGUCCCUUCGCUGUGAACUGUCCAGGGCCGGGGUGCCGGUACAGUGGUGGAAGGCGGAGGACCAGCUCUAUCAUGGGGGAAGAUAUCAGAUGACGUUGAGGGGGAAGAUAGCUGAGAUGCAGAUCAAAAACAUCCAGCCCGAGGAUGUCGGGGAGUACAGCUGCGUCUUGGGAGAGCAGAAGACAACGGCUGAAGUGAACGUGAGAGCGGCAGCAUCAGUGUUCUUUGAGAAGGAACUGCAGAGCCAAGCAGUAAUGGAGGGAAAAUCUGUGCUGCUGUCUUGUGAAGUUUCCAGUUCUAAUGUCCCUGUCACUUGGAAGAAGGACGACACUGUGGUGGAGGAAGGAGGGCGAUACAUUUUAAAGAAGAAAGGCCCCACACACACUCUGGAGAUCAAGAAACUGUAUCUGGAGGAUGCUGGAGAGUACUGCUGUAUCACCAGAGGCAAAAAGACCACUGCCAAGCUGAUUGUGAGGGAGCGUGUGCGGAUUGUUACAGAGCUGCGAGAUGUAACGGUGACAGCGGGUGCGGAUGCAGUAUUUGUGUGUGAGCUGAGCCAUGCAGACGUGAGCGAGGGUGUCUGGUGGCUUGGUUCAAGCCCUCUGCAGAAGAACGAGAUGAACCAGAUGACGUGCCAGGGUCACCAGCACCGACUGGUUCUCACCAUGACAACACCUGAGGAGACGGGCAACGUUGCAUUUGUGGUUGGGGAGGAGAGGACCUCUGCAUGUCUGCUAGUUCUUCCUAAGCCCAAAGUUUUAUUUGAGGAAAAGCCUAAAGAUGUUGUAAUAAUGGAAGGAAAAACAGCCACUUUGUCCUGCACAACCUCUGAUGUUACCUCCCCGGUUACCUGGAGGCGCAACCACAUACCCCUCCAACAUGGUGAUAAAUAUGAGAUACUUAAGGAGGGAAAAGCCAACCUGUUGCUUAUCCAUGAUGUGGAUCCUCUGGACACUGGCAUAUACUCAUGUGAUACAGGAGAUGUGCAGGGCAGUGCCAAACUUACUGUGACAGAGCUUCCUCCAUUCUUCCAAGAAGAAUUGCGGAGCGUGGAAGUUGAGGAGGAAGGUUCAGCCUCUCUGUACUGUGAGCUGUCUAAACUUGGAGUGCCAAUUCAAUGGAAGAAGAACGGGCUGCCGCUGAAAGCCAGCAGAAAGUAUGAGAUGAGGCAGGAUGGCUGCCUCCUACAGCUUCACAUUAAGGAGCUGAGACUUGAGGACAGUGGCAGCUAUUCGUGUCAAGCAGGAAGUGCAGAGACCACUGCAACUGUGUCAGUGAAAGAGCUCCCUCCAUUCUUCAAGAAAGAAUUAAGAAGUGUGGAGGCAGAGGAGGGAGGUGCAGCCUUCCUGUACUGUGAGCUGUCUAAACCUGGAGUGUCCAUGCAAUGGAAGAAGAACAGGCUGCCACUGAGAGCCAGCAGAAAGUAUGAGAUGAAACAAGAUGGCUGCCUCCUGCAGCUCCACAUCAAGGAGCUCAAACCUGAGGACAGUGGAAGUUACACAUGUCAAGCAGGAAGCACAGAGACCACUGCAACUGUGACAGUGAGAGAACUCCUGCCAUUUUUCAAAGAAGAAUUGCACAAUGUGAAGGCUGAGGAGGGAGGUUCAGCGUUCCUUUGCUGUGAACUGUCUAAACCUGUAGUGUCUGUACUAUGGAAGAAGAACAGUCUACCACUGAGAGCCAGCGAGAAGUAUGAGAUGAGGCAGGAUGGCUGCCUCCUUCAGCUCCACAUCAAGGAGCUCAAACCUGAGGACAGUGGAAGCUACACAUGUCAUGCAGGAAGUGCAGAGACCACUGCAACUGUGUCAGUGAAAGAGCUCCCUCCAUUCUUCAAGAAAGACUUAGUAAGUGUGGAGGCUGAGGAGGGAGGUGAAGCCUCCCUGCUAUGUGAGCUGUCUAAGCCUGGAGUGUCAGUACAAUGGAAGAAGAACAGGCUACCACUGAGAGCUAACAGAAAGUAUGAUAUGAAACAAGAUGGCUGCCUCCUCCAGCUGCACAUCAAGGAGCUCAGACCUGAGGACAGUGGAAGCUACUCAUGUCAAGCAAGAAGUGCAGAGACCACUGCGACUGUAUCAGUAAAAGAGCUUCCUCCGUUCUUCAAGAAAGACUUAGAAAUUGUGAAGGCUGAGGAGGGAGGUACAGCCUCCCUGUGCUGUGAGCUGUCGAAGCCUGGAGUAUCAGUACAAUGGAAGAAGAACAGGCUGCCACUGAGAGCUAACAGAAAGUACGAGAUGAAGCAGGAUGGCUGCCUCCUUCAGCUCCACAUCAAGGAGCUCAAACCUGAGGACAGUGGCAGCUACUCAUGUGAAGCAGGAAGUGCAGAGACCACUGCAACUGUGACAGUGAAAGAGCUCCCACCAUUCUUCAAGGAAGACCUAAGAAAUGUGGAGGUUGAGGAGGGAGGUCCAGCCUCUCUGUACUGUGAGCUGUCAAAGCCUGGGGUGUCCGCACAAUGGAAGAAGAACAAGCUUCCACUUAGAGCGAAUAGGAAGUAUGAGAUGAGGCAGGAUGGCUGCCUCCUCCAGCUGCACAUCAAGGAGCUCAAACCUGAGGACAGUGGAAGCUACACGUGUCAAGCAGGAAGUGCAGAGACCACUGCAACUGUGACAGUGAAAGAGCUCACUCCAUAUUUCAACAAAGAAUUAGAAAGUCUGGAGGUUGAGGAAGGAGCUACAGCCUCCUUGAAUUGUGAAUUGACCAAGCCUGGGGUGUCCGUACAAUGGAAGAAGAACAAGCUUCCACUUAGAGCGAACAGGAAGUAUGAGAUGAGGCAGGAUGGCUGCCUCCUCCAGCUCAACAUCAAGGAGCUCAAACCUGAGGACAGUGGAAGCUACAUGUGUCAAGCAGGAAGUGCAGAGACCACUGCAACUGUGACAGUAAAAGCACUACAACUGACUCCAUCAAAGGUAGAGCCUCCUACAACACUGCCUCGUGCAAAGGGCACUGUUUCCAAACAAACUCCUACUCCAGAGGACAGGUCUGGCUUCCAAGAGGCCAAACCUGUUCCUCCUGAGCCCAAGAAGAGAGCUCAUAGGAAAGCAUCUAUUACAAGUUUAGAAAAAGAUACGGAGUCAAUGUUUGACCAAAAACAUUCUAUGCUGAGGGAGAAUAAUGAAUACAAAAAGGGCAUCCAACCUCCAAGGUCUAUGGACACAAACCUUGUACAGAAUGUAACACAUUUGGAGAGACAGAAGGAGAAAGACAGUGAGGUGUACAAGAAAGUGGAUAAGACAGUGAGACUACCGGAGAAGGAUGAUGAGCUUGGCGGGGAGGUGGAGGAGCCAGCAAGGCCUUUGGAAACAGAGAAAGAAGUUUUCAUGACGACAAGACAACCAGGACAGAAUUUAGAGAAAUUACUCAAAGUUGACCAUAACACCAGCCAACCAGACAGGGUUCUGGGAGACGCUGUGUUUGAACAAAAGAAACGGCCAUUAAUAUCUCUGGAAAAGGAAAAUGAAGUGAAACAGAGGUCAGAGAAAACCAGUGAAGUUCAGAGGAAGGUAAACCAUCCAGGAACAGUUCUGUGGAAGAACAGCGAGGAUGAAAAACAGCCUGUGAAACCACUUGAAAAGUUUAUUGGGAGAGAAACUAUAAAAGAACAAGAGGAUAAGUCUACAGUAAAGAAGGGCAAAGUAGAAAAAACAGAGGAGAAGCCUUUGAAACCACCAGUAAGAUCUAAAGGAAAGGAACCACUUAAAUAUGUUCUGAAGGAAACUGAGGAGGUCGUUGUGCAAUCAGUAAAGCCUGCUUUAAAUUAUUCUGAAGAAGACCAUAAACAGAGAGACCACAUGAAACAACAGCAUGUGUCCACAGAGGCAGAGAGACAGAAAAGGCCACUGAAACUAGUUGUGGAUAAACGGUCUGUAGAACAUCCAGAAAAUACUUUAGAAAAAGAGUCUGAAUUUGCUCCUCCAAAACCACCUGUGAGGAUAAAAAGCAAAGCAAAGGGGGGGAUAGAAAAACAAUGUUCAAGGGACACAGAGGCAGAUCAGGAUGAUCAACACAUGACAACAGUUGUGGUGAAAACAAUGGAUGGUCAGCCAAUUGAACAGUCAAUAGAGUCUUUGAAAAAAGAGGUUGAAGAGAAACCAAGAUGUGAGAGGAAACAAUCAGUAACAGCAGACACUGAGAUAGCUGAGAAAAUUAAGCAACCUCGGAAAACUGCAGAGAAGGAUGCAAGCACCAAACAGCCAAUCAAACAACCAGUAAAACCCAUGAAAAAAGGAGUGGACCCGGAAAUUAAACUGGCAGUUGAGCCAGUGAGAAGGGAGGAAGAACAACAAACAACAAAGAUGACAGAAGGCAUUCCUCUCCUCUACAUUUCAGAAGAUGAGACUUUCUCAGAGGCUUUGACUGAGAUACCAGCGAACCACAGGAAUGUCCGGCCCCCUGUCUCUUUUAUUAAGAGUUCGAGCGAACCCUCCCCUCUUGCUGCACUUGAUGUACCCCAGAAGGCACAACCAACAAAGGAUGCUACACCAGAGAUUGACGUCAGCAUUGACGAUGAACCCCAACUGCAAGAGGCUGCGGUCAAGAUUCAGGCCGCCUUCAAAGGCUACAAAACCCGCAAAGACAUGCGACCUGUCUUUAAAGAGGUGUUUAAGAACCAGAGUGCAGAUCUUCAUGGCACAGUCACUCUAGUGUGCAUUGUAGAAGGGAAACCCAGCAUAGUGCGCUGGCUGAAAAACGGCCAACAAAUCACUAAUCAUCAGCGGUGCCGUAUUGAGACUUCAGAGAAUGGCGCAUGCACACUGGUGAUCAAAAAUCUGACCACCAAUGAUAGUGGAAUCUAUACAUGUGAGGUGGUGAAUAAGUUUGGUGUGACCUCCUACAAUGGUAACAUAACAGUAGUACAGCCUCAGAAGCCUGCUCCGACUGUUCAAAAGCCUCUACACCCACCCCUUGCAGCGAUAACUCCUCUGCAACUUGCCCCACCUAAGCCUGAGGCCCAGGCCCAAAUACAGACUCAGAAUCUGCCUCAGUCUCAGACCCAGAUACCCACCUCAGCUACAGCUGCUGCGAACUAUGUAGAGAGUAAGAGUAUCUCUCUGUGGGAGGCUUAUAACCUGACGGAGCAACAGGACACUCAGAUGAGCCUGCAAGAGAGGAGAGGAUCCUCACUCAUUGCUGCCAGCUCCAUGUCAAGUCCCUCUGAUUAUGACACAGCUCCGGAUAUAAUGGAAACUGUUGAUACUACCCCAACUGUACCGAGGGAAGUGACAAAAGCAGCAGACCAACUGCCUCCAAAGGAUGACAAAGAACAGAUAGCUCCUUUCCUACCUCCUAAGAAACUACUAAAGGUCAAAGGGACUCAUGAAGGCAGACUGAGGACACCAUCUCCUAAACACCACCGUGCUCAGACACCCUUAACUAGUACUGUUUCUGGAUCAGAGUCAGAAGGGGAAGAGGAUAGACAAGAGACAUUUGAAAUGUAUGUGGCCCGAGCUGAUUGCAGUCCUAACAGCGGAAAUAAGGACAGCUUUGUUCUGAAGGAGGGCCAAUUUGUAGAGGUCCUGGAUUCUGUCCAUCCUGACAGAUGGCUGGUGAGGACCAAACCCACCAAAACCAACCCUGCUCGACAGGGAUGGGUGUGUCCAGCCUACCUGGAGAAGAAGAGGAAGGAGAUUUUCCCACAAUUGAGAGCACCUCAAGAGGAUCUUGAUGGAAUUGGAUCUACAGUAGAAGAGUACAGGAGAGCUCUGAGCCAACUGAUCCAAGGCCUGAUUAAUGGAGAGGAGGAGUUUGUAAAGGAGAUGAAGAUGUUUACCUCUCACCAGCUAAAUUAUCUGGACUCCAGUCGUCACGUUCCCAUUAGCAUCCUCAACCAGAAAGAGAUCAUUUUCAGAAAUAUCAAGGACAUUGUGUUUCUGCAUGAGAGGUCCAUCCUUCCCGGUCUGAGAGAGUGUGCCACAGACGACGAUGUGGCCAUGCAUCUGAUCAAGCACACUGAGGAAUUUGAGAAGUAUCUUCACUACAUGGUGGGACAAGCACAAGCAGAGGCCUGCGUCACGGACAAGGCUAUCCAACAGUAUUUCAAAGAGUUAACAGAAGCUGGUAAGCCUGAGGCUCCUGUCAUGGAUGUCCUUACUUUCCUCCAGCAACCAGUGGAGAGGAUUCAAACCUACCAUGCUUUACUGAAGGAGUUAAUCAAGAACAAAGCCAAAAGUGGCCAGAGCUGCUGUCUUUUGGAGGACGCCUUCUCCAUAGUGUCCUGUCUACCCUGGAGGUCUGACAACCUGCACCAGGUGUCCCUCAUUGAGAACUUCCCAGCUCCUCUAACUGCCCUGGGCGAGCCCGUACGACAGGGAGUCUUCUCAGUGUGGGAGGAAUCUCCAGAUAUUAGGACGACCUCUAGAGGGCAUCAGAGACAAGUUUUUCUCUUCAAGGAAUGUAUUGUACUGUGUAAACUGAAAAAAGACACCAGUGUGAACAGUGACAGCUACACCUUCAAGAACAAAAUGAAGCUGAAUGAUGUGGAAAUAAAGGAAACUGUGGGUGGAGAUGAAAAGUCUUGGGGGUUGUGGCAUGAGCACAGGGGCUCAUUGCGGAGGUACACACUGCAGGGCCGCUCCUCCCUGGUUAAGCUCUCCUGGCUCAAGGACCUGAAGGAGUUACAGCAACGUUCCAGCCUGCCCACUAACAGCCCACCUGUGUUUGAGUCACUGUUGUCUGACUUCACAACAAAGAUAGGACAGACAAUCAAACUGACCUGUAAGGUCGCAGGAUCGCCAAAACCAGUGGUCAGCUGGCUCAAAGACGGCCUUCCUUUAGAGGAUGACCCCCGUCACAUCAUCACAGAAGACCGGUCAGGCACCUGCAGUCUCAUCCUGGACAGCCUCACUGCAGAGGACUCUGGACAGUAUGCUUGCUAUGCUAACAGCUCCAUGGGCAGUGCUGGUACUCUCGCCAAGAUUGUGGUGCAGGCUCCACCCAGAUUUGUGUGUCGGUUGGAGAGUGCUUGUCUGAUAGAAGGAGAGGAUAUACAGUUUAGCUGCUCCACACUUACUACUCCUUUACCACGAAUCAGGUGGUUGAAAGAUGGAAGAGAGUUGGCUGACCAGCAAAAAUACAUAACCCUAAAUGAUGCUCGGAGUGGAAUCUUGUGUCUGACGGUCAUCCAUGCCACAGAGGCAGAUAUUGGACAGUAUGAGUGUGAGCUGUGGAAUGAGUUUGGCUGUGUCAAGUGCAAGGCAGGGCUGUGCCCUGCUUAUGUACCGCCGAUUGACAUCCAGAACGACCAACCACAGGACUUACUUGCUAAAGAUGCAGACUCAGAGGGCUGGUCCACUGCCUUUGUGAAGAAAUGGCUACAGACUGAUUUCAACCCCACCUCUAUUGCGAAAAUGCUCUUCCCUUCUGGACACCCUGAACAAGCUGAAUGUAGUACAGAAAAAGCUGAUCCUGCCGUGGAUCAGGUGGCACAGCAACCUGUGUGUUACCUAGAGGAUGAAGAGGAAGAAAUCUAUAUCUCAGAGUCAAUGCAGGAAAUUACAGAUGCUCCUCCCUCCAUCCAGGUCCCCGCUGAGGACCUGUGUGUAGAACCUGGCCAACCAGUUACAUUUACUGCCAUCAUCACAGGAAGACCUACUCCUAAGAUACAGUGGUACAAGGAUGGAGAAGUGCUUGCAGCUAAUGAGAAUGUGAAGAUAGUACAGCAUGGUGCCCGCUGCUCAGUGACCAUAGUGUGCCCUGAGGGUGAGGACAGUGGCAUAUACACCUGCUUCGCCUACAAUGACUCUGGCCAUGCUUCAUGUCAGGCUGAGCUGACAGUGGAGGAAGGGCCACUCGAGCGUCAGGAGAGAGAAGUGGAGCUGGGGAAGAGAAGGAAGUUAUUCUCUGUCUAUGAUGUCCAUGAGGAAAUAGGAAGGGGAACCUUUGGGGUGGUAAAGCGUGUCGUCCACAGGAGGACAGGUGAAGUUUUUGCUGCCAAGUUUCUGCCUCUGCGGAGCAGCACUCGGACCAGGGCCUUCCAGGAAAGGGAUUUGCUGUCCCGCCUGGCUCACCCCAGAGUGGCCUGUCUGCUGGACUUCUUUUGCACCAGACGCACUCUGGUGCUGAUCACAGAAAUGUGCUGUUCCCAUGGACUUCUGGACCAUUUAUUACUGAAAGGAUCAGUCUCAGAGAAAGAGGUUCAGUCAUAUAUCCAGCAAAUCCUUGAAGGAGUUGGUCACAUUCACAGCAUGAACAUUUUGCAUCUGGACAUUAAACCUGAUAAUAUCCUAAUGGUGUAUCCGCCCAGAGAUGAGAUCAAGAUCUGUGACUUUGGCUUCUGCCAAGAAAUGGACACAUCCCGACACCAAUACAGCAUGAUUGGUACACCGGAGUUUGUUGCCCCUGAGAUUGUUCACCAAGAACCAGUGACCGUGGCUGCUGAUAUCUGGUCUGUAGGUGUUAUAGCCUAUAUAUGUCUGGUGUGCCGAUGCCCUUUUGUGGGUGAGACGGACCGUGCUACACUGCUGAGAGUGGGAGAAGGGACCCUGAACUGGGAAGCCCCUGAUGUCACGUACAGGAGCCCUGAGGCCCAGAACUUUCUCCACAUGCUCCUUCAGCCUGAUCCAGAGAAGCGACCGUCUGCCUUUGAGUGCUUGAGCCACGAAUGGUUCCAGGACGAGCAUGCAGGAGAAGAUACUGAUGAAAUCAACACAAAGUGUUUAAAAGUCUUGAUCUCAAAAAGGAAAUGGCAGCGUUCUUUGACUUGCAUUGGGUCAGUUCUCACAUUGAGGCCCAUCCCCGAGUUGCUGGAUGCUCCUCUCAGAGACACUGCAGUGACAGUGCCCCGCGAGCCGCAGGAGCACAGCAGCACUUCUCUGAGCAGUGGCUCCUCGUCUGAGUAUGAUGAAGCUGACUCUUGGGACUUUUUCCAGCACUGCAGCCCGACUGAGGAGGAGGAAGAAACAGAAGAGGACUUUGAUCCAUUAACGGAGAGAGCGCAGAUCCCCCAGCCUUUUGCCAAACUCCACCUAGGUGCAGAGGAGGAAGACGAAGUGACAUUAGGCGAGGAAGAGGAUGGGGAUUUAGUAGGAAGGAGGAGUGUACUAGAGCGGAGUAUGAGCAGGCAGUCAGUUGCGUCAGUUGCGUCAGAUGCGUCGUGCCAACAGACACCUCAGAGGGAGCGUAGGUUCAGCAAAGACAGUAGUCCGUCUCUCUACUUAUCUGAUGGGGAUGAGGGUUCAGGUAGUGACGGAGGUCGUAUCCCUCGUGGCAGCGUCAUCCGAAGCACUUUCUACAGCACCUCUCAUCAGCUGUCACCCAUGUCUGCCAGACACAUGACAUUACGGGACAAAUUCCAUGCCAAAAAGCAGGAGAGAGGCCGCAAACCACUCCGGAGAAGCUUUUCAGGACGUCUCAACGAGCCUCUAAUUGAAUAUGUGGAGGAUGAGACGGAGACUAAUCGUGGCCAGAGACGGGCAUCUAUCCAUCCUACAAUGCAGAAGUCUUGUUCCUUUGACAGUGGUGUUGGCCUCGCCCACACCAACGUACCCCCUCACAGGAGGAGCAGGUCUCUUGAUGAGAAUUAUCGACGUUCUCCCAGCUCACCCAAGCGCACAAGGUCGGGUGAAGAAGAAGGCUCUCAAAGUUUGAAGGAAGAUUUCACAGAUGAUGAAGUAGCAGGGAGAAACUUGUUGGCCAUCCCAAGCCCUCGGCAACCCACAAAAAGAAGAGGUUCUGUCUCUCCAAUACAAGGGACUUGUAUGGUUGGAUCAACUGUUACUUCAAGACUCCUUGCUGGAGACAGAACGAGCACCAGGCCGGAUCAGGAGCAGACAGAGGGCGACAACUUUAUUGGCUCCCAGGGGUCUCUGGCUGAGUCGUCUAUUUUGGAGCAUGGGGGCUCUGAGUCUUCAAGUAGACUCGGCUCCUGCGAGGAGUUGAGCCGUAGUCAUCGCAGAGGAAGAUACAGGUCAGGAGAGAGUGAAGAGUAUGAUGAUCAGGGGGAGCCUCUGAUUUUACCAUCCCCAUGCUCUUUCCAAGAAGUUAAACCCAGAAGCUAUCCCCAGGCACCGCCACGUAACCGCACCCGCUCCAACCCCAACUUAUCUACAAACAGCAGAGGUCAGCCGGGGAUCCCACUGAUGGCGAGCCCUAGUCCCAGCCUCUCUUCUCUCCAGGCUCCACAGAGGCCUCCCAGGGCCAGGGACAAGAAGGAGGGCCAUGGCCUCCAGAGGCAUGCAUCCGCUCCAGCCCUUGAAGCCCGGCCACCUACAGGAAAGUCACCCAAGCUGGGACUGCUAAAGAUCUUCCGCAGGCAGUCCUGGACUGGCCAUUCAUACUCCCAGCUGGAGAACACAGAGUUAGGACCCACACUAGGGGAGAUCAUGAAGCCAGAUACUCCCACCAUGUCUCUGCGGAAGAAAAUGAGAGCUUCAGCCUCCAGCCUGACCAAACUGUUUUCCAGGUCUUCUAGUAAGGAAGACGUGAGUAAAGGAGGGCCAAUAGUAAAAGGAUCAGCUCCUGUCCCACCUAAAAGGCAGUGUAGCACUGGUCUUGAGAGUCCAAAAAAGAGGACCUCCAAACUGUUGCCUUCUUUUAAAAUACCUGCAUUCAAAAAGACAAAAGAUCUGCCCGUCCGUCCCAACAAGGCUGAAGUGCUCCAGUUAGAUGGAGGUGGAGUCCUGCUGGUUUGGAGACCAGUCCAGUCUAGUGACCCUGUCACCUACUGUGUGCAGUACUGUACAGAUGGUGGGGAAUGGACGGUCCUGUCAGAGGAGGUGACAGAUAGCUGCUAUGUGGUGAAGGAUUUACCCAGAGGAGCUUCUUAUGUGUUCAGGAUGGGCUGCAUCACCAAAACAGGAGCAGGACCUUUCAGUGAUGCGUCAGCACCUGUUGUUAUGGCUACCCAUCCUGAAGAGACUCACAUUCCUCUCAUCCAGACUGAGUCACUGGGGUCAAAGGUCAUUGGGUCAGAACGACACACAAGAACACACAAGAACUACAGUUUCCUCUCUGAGAUCAACCGGGGUCGCUUCAGCGUAGUAACCCUGUGCAGGGAUGUUGAGACCAGCCAAGUGUUUGCUGCCAAGAUCACCCCUUACCAGGCAGAGCAGAGACAGUUGGUGCUGAGGGAAUACCAGCUGCUGAAACGGCUUCAUCACCCCCACCUGGUGCAGCUGCACACGGCCUACAUCACCCCUCACUACCUAGUGUUAGUGGAGGAGCUCUGUCCUGGCAAGGAGCUGCUCUACAGUUUGGCAGCAAGAGAUCUGUAUGCAGAGACUCAUGUUGCAGAGCUGCUGGUUCAGAUUCUGAGUGCAGUCGACUACCUUCACAGCCGUCGAGUCAUCCACCUGGACCUGAAAUCUGACAACAUGCUGGUGGAUGAUUGUAACCACCUGAAGAUAGUUGACUUGGGCUCGGCUCAGUCCUUUACACCUGGCCAGCCUCUCAACAUCGAGCACAUUCAGGGCCUGUCGGAGAGCAAAGACUGCCGCAGCAAAGUUUAUAUUGUCCUUCCUAAAGCUCCGGAAAUCCUGGAGGGUCAGGGAGUCGGGCCUGAAACUGACGUUUGGGCUAUUGGAGUUCUGUCAUUUAUCAUGUUGAGCGCCGACAGCCCGUUCCAUGCAGAGCUAAGCUGGGAGCAAGACCGAAACAUCAAAAAAGGGAAGAUUCAGUUUGGACGCUGUUACCCUGGUCUGUCAGAAGGAGCCUUAACCUUCAUGAAGAGCAGCCUGAAUAACAAAUCCUGGGGGAGGCCCACUGCAGCCGAGUGUCUCCAGAACCCAUGGCUGCGUGCCCAUCGUGCCCCAUACAAAGGCCGACACUCCAAAGUGUGUUUCUCCACAGACAAGCUUAAAGAGUACCUCAAGCAGAAGGAGGAGAAACGAAACCAGGUCCACACCAAGCUUCAGGGUCCCUUCUUCCAGUAAGGCAACACUGUAGGGGUUUGUUUCACCAGCGGUUUUAUAACCAGCACAUUUCAUUUCAGCUGAAUGUUUCCUGUCUGGCUCUUUUCUGGCUAGCUGCAGCCAGGUCAGGUUUCUAAAAUCGUUUUAGAAGCCUCUGAUUUUGAAAUUGUGAUGCGUCUUAAUAAGUUUGUAUAUUUAUCGCUUAGCUUGGAUAUGUGAGUGUGUUACAUUUUUGAUCUUUGGUUUAUAUGGAAACAUAUCAGGGAUAAGGUUUAGUCUAAGCAAUGAGUGCCCACGAUUGCAUGAGUUGUAAAAUUGUUGAAAAGCUGUUGUUUUGCUCCACAGUGUCAGGCGCAGAUGCACGUUUGGCCUUAAAGUGAAAAAUGUGGUGUUCUUCUUCAUACAGAAAGAUGCUUUUCUUAGUGAUAGAGUAUUUUAUUUAAAAUGUACACAUUUUGCCUUAAAGCUGAAAUGUAUUAAUGGGAAAUUGACUAGAUUUAUAGGUUUUAUUUCACGCUUCUAAGUCUCAUACUACUUAAAGAGUGGGUCAUUCACUCACCUGAAUGAGGAUGUGAUUGGAAGGUUAAUUAAAUGGCAUCGAAGUGGUCAGCCAUUGUCCUCACAUUCUUUAUUCAGUCUCAUUUGUAUACAAACACACAAACAUACAUGCAAAUGUUGAAUAUAAUAUAUGUAGUGAUUUUAUCUCAGAUGCAGACUUCCUUCAUGUAAUCUUCAGAUAAUAUGUAGCCUGUGAAUUAUUCUACUGUAUUUGCAUUCACAAAACAAAUAAAUGAAAGUGUAUCUAUUUUCUGUCCAGAGUAAUUAGCAGUGUGUGUACUCCACACUCUGGGUAAUAAAGACCAAAUGUAGCACUGAA